AUGAGGUGCAUUGAGAAAGACUGUCAGAACUAUAUAGAACAAGUGAGGCGACUAAAGCUUACGAAAGGAGAUGCCGCGGCAAUACAAUCAUACUUCUCAAAAAUGCAAGCUCAAUGCUCAGGUUUUUACUUUAGUAUGGAUGUAGAUGACGAGUCACGAUUGAAAAAUAUUUUCUGGGCAGAUAGUCGUUGUAGACAAUCAUAUAAGGAGUUCGGCGAUAUCGUUACGUUCGAUACUACUUAUUUGACUAAUAAGUAUGACAUGACUUUCACUUCGUUUGUUGGUGUCAAUUAUCAUGGGCAGUCAAUAUUACUUGAUUGUGGUUUGUUUUCGAAUGAAGAUACAAAUACUUUUGUUUGGUUGUUUCAGACAUGGCUUCAUACAAAGCACAGAUGGUGCUUAUGGCAUUUUCUAAAGAAGUUGCCAGAGAAGUUUGGCUACCACGUGGAGAAGGCUUCAAUAUUUGGGGCUAUACAUGAAUUGGUGCAUGAAUCACAGUUUGUUCAAGAAUUUGAAAGUGGUUGGAGAGUAAUGAUUGACAUGUAUGCCUUACGGGAUAAUGAUUGGUUAUCGGGAUUGUAUGAGAACAGAGCUCGUUGGGUUCUGUGCUAUUUCAAAACUUCUUUUUGGGCUGGGAUGUCAACGACACAAAGAAGUGAGAGUAUGAAUGCAUUUUUUGAUAGAUAUGUGCAUUCUAAGACAUCUUUCAAGCAAUUUGUGGACCAGUAUGAGCGUGCACUGAGGAGUAAGUUGAGAUACGAUGCUAUGUGUCAAGCUUUUGCACAAGUGGCAGACCUUGCUGCAGAUGAUGAGCGGUCGUCAGAAGCCAUAAUGGAUUGGAUUAAAAAGGAAGAACGCUUCGACGUCAACAUUAGGGAAGAGAUCGAGGCACAGUAA